AUGAUUGGUAUGGUAAAUGUUCCAUGCGAGAGCCCUCUCGACUUUUAUGCGUCACCCAGCCGCCCUGAUACUCUGCGGAACCGAGCUGAAAGCGACUCAUCAAUUCCACGUACACCAACUAAGAGAACUCCUUCAUACAGACCCUUAUUCACGGCGCACAGGAAAAAAGUGCAAUAUACAGAAGAUGGAAGGAAGAUUACUGAUGGUUUAACAGACGAGCAAUCAGAGCCAAAUAAACUCUGGGAAGAGUUGUUGUUGAGAUCAUUCGCCCAACGAAUGGAAGAUGAAAUUAAAAGUCCCGUGGUGGAAUCAUUCAAAACUCUUGAUGAAGAGCUAGCUCGACUAAAUGUACAAGAUAAAAGCGUAUACAGAUCAACAUACUCAUUAGUUUCAAACACAAGGGCGGAAGAGACGGACUUAAGUGAUUUGGACAGGUUGCAAAAAAGCCAAAGGUCAGCUUCCACGGACAGGAUAUGUUCUGCCGUUUCUCUAGCCCCGUUCAUCAAAUCUAUCAAAGGAAAGAAGAAGAAAGAAAAAAACUGA